CGGGUCAGUCUGUCGGGUAACCGGUCGGUCUGUCGUUCCCUGCUCUGUCCGCGCCACGUUUCGCUCGCGCGGCCUGGAGUGUAAACGAUACAUCAAGCAGCUCCGCAUUUUCGCGCGUGCGAAAGAGAAGCGAUUGGUGUUCCAGCGACGACGUAACUUUUUCUCUACUUGACGAAGUGUUUCUCCGGCUAUCACUCGCCAACGUCGAUUGCUCCGGAUCACAUCCACUAUCGCUUGCCGAUCGCUAUAAACAUCACUGCUAGCCAUUUUACGUAGUUUUUUUUUUUAGUGUUGUGCUCCGAUUCUUAUCGUUGCUCCGAUAAAGACCCUGAUCAGUUCCAACGUUUCGCUCGUACUCCAUUGGCCGCGCAACAAGCGCGGCGAUCGUGACCGACCAAUCCGUGCCCGAUUCCGCUCGCAGGUUCUCGUUCCUCCGCGCGCACGUGCGUACAUCACGCGCGCUGUCACCUCCUCGCACGCGUAUACGCUCGCAUGUCGACAGCGGGGAGUCGAAGCUGAUUCGCGCGACCGCAGGAGAGAAUGCUGAUGCCGCUUCAGCGGUGCCCGCGUAUCGAGGAUAGAAACGCACACCGUCUUCCAGACAGCGAUCAUCGGCAUCGUCGUGACGCACGACGCCCGUAGCGACGUCGCGACGUCAAACGGAUCGGCCUCGAGACGCGCCUCGACUAGUUUAUCGAUAGACCCCACGUGGCCCAGGAAGCAGCGCGCGAGGUGAUGUUGCUGGAGUCGCGAGGCCUCGCCGGUAGGAAGAGAAACGGACUGACACUGACCUCGUUCGGCGACGUUGGCGGCGGUGGUGGUGGCGGCGGCGGCGGCGGAGGCGGCGGCGGUGGCGGUGGUGCCGGAGGAGCCGGCAGCGAGGAGGACGACGAGGAAUCCCGACAUCACCUCUACCUAGGUAGGAAGAUGCAGGGCGAGGGCACCGCCGCCCCCGCGGUAUCCACCGGGCUGUCCGGGUGCGCCGGCGACGACGGCGACGAGAGCUCGAGCCCGUCGCCGAACAGCAGCCUCCUGAACAAUCUCAACAAUAAUUGUAACUCAAAUCGUCAAUGCGCAACCGACUUUAGUAUCGCUGCGAUCAUGGCACGGGACUCCCGUCAACAGCAACAGCAGCAGCAGCAGCAGCAACAGCAGCAGCAACAACCACAACAGUCGCAUCAUCAUAAACAUUCACAACAGCAGGCCGUCGGAGGCGGCAAACUGCAUCAGCACGAAAGGGAAGCCAGCGGUUCUGGCGUCGCUCGCGGCGCUCCGCCGGUUUCGGAGACGAUCAGCCCGGAAGACGAGCCGGAAACGGACGAUACCGGAAGCACGAGUGGAAAGGGCGCUUCGCCAGUGGUGAAUCCUCUGCUCCAGGAGCGCUCGAACUGCGAGGAGCUCAAACACGUGGUGUGUCACCUCGAGACCAAGGAUCUCUGGGACAAAUUCAACGAGCUCGGCACGGAAAUGAUCAUCACAAAGACUGGCAGGCGGAUGUUUCCGACGUGUCGUGUCUCAUUCAAUGGGCUGAAGGCGGACAGCCGAUACGCGGUCCUGAUGGACAUCGUGCCGGUCGACAAUAAGAGGUAUCGGUACGCAUAUCACAGGAGCUGCUGGUUGGUGGCCGGAAAGGCGGAUCCGCCGGCGCCAGCCCGGCUCUACGUCCAUCCGGAUUCGCCUUUCACGGGCGAGCAACUCCGAAAGCAGGUCGUCUCCUUCGAGAAAGUCAAGCUCACCAACAACGACAUGGACAGGCAUGGACACCUGGUCCUGAACUCCAUGCACAAGUACCAGCCGAGGAUCCACCUGGUGAAGCGGCCGGACUCGGGCACGGCGAAGCCGAUCGUGGACCUCGAGAAGGAGCCGCACAAGACCUUCGUAUUCCCGGAGGCCAUAUUCACCGCUGUCACCGCCUAUCAGAAUCAGCUCAUCACGAAGCUCAAGAUCGACAGUAAUCCGUUCGCCAAGGGCUUUCGGGACUCCUCUCGUCUCACGGACUUUGAAAGCUUCCCUUUCAGGGAGACAAUGGAGUCAAUGCUGGCGGAACAGCAGACGUUGAGGUUUCCACAUCGGCUUCCCUUUGAGAUGGAGCAGCUCCAGACCAGCGCUGUGAGCAAUCUCAGUCUUGAGGAGAAGGCUUUGUGGGCUGCGCGUUCUCAGAUGCUGCUGAGGGCGGCGGCGGCCGUGGCUGCCAGUCCUUACUUGGUCAAUCCCGCUAUGGUUUAUCCGGGCGCCUCGGCCGCAGGCACCAGCCAUCAGCAGCAGCAGCAGCAGCAGCAUCAGCAACAGCAGCAGCAGCAACUGGGCCAUCUGUGGUGGAUGUCCCAGUCGAUCGGAUCUACUUUCCUUGCAGCGGCGCAUCACCAACAGCAGCUGGUCGCGUCCGGCUCCCAGCAGAAUCCGACUGGCCCCGCUGCCCUACCCGACAGACCCCGACCGCUCUACCCGUCGCCCCUUGCCCUGGCCCACCACCGAUUCUCGCCUUACCACACGACGACCGUCGCCAAGUCCUCGACGCCGGCUGCGCCGUCGCCGUCGCCGUCCAGAAGGGCUACUCCGUCGCCUACGGAUAGUCUCAGCAGGGAGGCCCAAGAUCUUUCACCCUCGUAGUCCUUCGUGGUUUUAUUAGGAAACAAUGGUCGCGAUUUUCUUGUAGAUGGACUCUAGGUGGAGUUUGAGAUAUUUUACUAAGACUGCGCGACGAAAGCUGGUUUCUCUCAUUCAGAAAUGGGGGAUUCCAACGUAAUCGGAACCGCGAAAUUGCAUUGUGACUUUUUUAUAGAGGAAUCUAAUUCCUUCCCCAUGUGAUGAAAGUCAACUUUUCUCGACUGAGACCGGAGCGCGUAGCGAUUAAUUCGCCUUGCAAUAUUCGUCUUCUUUCAUGGAGAACUGAUGAAACUUUUUGUGUGCGGUGAAAGUCGAUUUCCACCGUAUUAUUUUUAAAAUAAUUCUCAUUUUUUUUUAGAGUUCCAGAAUUCUUAGCAGUUACAGAAUUUUCUCAUUAGCAGUGCAAUAUCUAUCUAUAUGAUUAAUUAUUAUGUUUCUUUGUCCUUAUUGUGUUAUUAUUAAGGAGCCGGUCUCCAUUUCGUUAGAUGGACGAGCAGGAUGAACGAGCAUUCGCACAUUUAUAUGUAUGCGUAACGUGACAAGUAGUUAUAAAAUGUUUGCGCAAAAAACGGGGAUCGAUUUUCGUCGCGCGUGUCACGUGUCGCACGGCGUCGGAGGCGUCAGAAGGAGGAGGAGGAGGAGGUCGCUGCGAGCCCGGGGUACUGACGAAACGUACAGAAUCCGGCGUGAAUAGCUACGAUAAUUGUGAUGCCAAAGGUUGCCGAGUUGGCCGCGGCGAGUGGUCGACGCUCUCCGUCUUUCUCUCGCGCCGCCGCGAAGAGACGGAGCGGAGGAGAGAAACGUAAAGCUCACGCUCUCCGAGAGAGUCUGAAUGCUGCCUCUCUCGGCUGAACUCUCGACCUUUGGCGAGCAUAGUGGCAAGCACAGGGGACUCGCGCCGUCUCACGUGACUCGGCGAUUCCGUUGUCUCCCGACUGGGACCCUGGGACCGAGAGGAGCCCGACGUGUACAUAUCCUUGCCAUGAUCAGCGAUCGGAAGCGAUAGGGUCGCCCGGCGAUCCUGGUAGUCAGGAUGCAUCUCUAAGGACGCACUUUGAAACCGAUAAAGAAAAUAUCGUCCCAUAAAAAUCUCUCUGCGUUUGCAGAGGAUGCCGAAAAUAAGAUACUUUCAAGUUUAUGUUUCGUUUGCCUUUAAUUUCGACGUGCAUCUUACAGCACCGCAGAUUGAUCGUCGAGACUCUCAGAGGAAAAAAACUGCAACGAUACGCGCCAAAUUCAAUAACUUGAGCGGAAAGAUUUUUGUUGUCUGCCCCCAUAGUAUUUCUACGUUUUGUCGAAACUGUCACUUUGCAGCUGCGUAUUUUUGUACGCAAGAAACGCGGUCACAUGCGUCGUUUCAAAGUCGAACGCGCGACCGCGAAGAUCACGGUGAUCUUCAGCGGGUUGCACGCGCGACACACACGAGCGGAUUGUAAAUAUGUAACCAUCCUGAUUCUCAAGGCGGCGUAAUUGCCGUACAUAAUACACGUAUAUGCAUCUUUAAGGGCGACUAAAGUCUAUUUGUAUAUAGGUAUACAUAUAUCUAUUUGCGAUAUAAGGUAACUACGCCUCUAUCUCUUGUAAUAUAAGCUGUAUAUUUCGUAUCACACGAGCUAUUGUUAUCGUUAUUUAUGUUUCAAUUCCAUACUUCGACGCGGAGUGAGCGCGAAGUGAGCGCGCUGGACGCGACACGUUUUCGACUGAGAAAGGAUCUACGAGCCUUUUCGACAAAUCAUUUUUAGGAGCAGAGGACCUCGACGUUCGGCUGACGUUUCAAGUCGAGCGUGUAUAGCGAGAGGUCGAAGAAUUAAAAGCAUUGAGGAUCUCCGAGCGACACUUCGCGCGUUCUCCGCGAGCACCUAAAGGAUUAUUAUCGCCGCGGCGAUUAGUGUUAGUGUAGAGCGUUAUAUUGUUAAUGCUUGUGUUGUGAAGAACGCAUACACCUAUUGCUGUGCAAGCUGCUCCCUUGUAAAUAAACCCUAAUAAACUUCUUGUACCGAAUA